CCGCUGCUCUCUGUGCAUGAGCUGUCGCACUUGACGUAGGAACUUGAUUUCCUACUUCCUGGUCUAAGCUCUGAUCAAGAUCAAUGACUCCACUUCACUUUUCGCCGUUUAAACGCUGUAAAUAUUAGUAGAAAUGAAUACACAAGUAACUUUAUUAAAAAUCGACUACUUCUCAUAAACGUCUUUAGUGUUUUAGCAGAAUUUGAUGAUGGCAGAUACAAGCCGCCCUCAGCGCAAGCUGUCCCGAGCUGGAGAGAGUUUAUACCAGAUAUUAGGCUUGCCGAAAGGAGCUUCAUCUGAGGAUAUUAAGAAAGCAUACAGGAAACUGGCACUGAAGUAUCACCCAGACAAGAAUCCCAACAACCCUGAAGCAGCAGAAAAGUUCAAAGAGAUCAACAAUGCCAACACUAUUCUCAACGACGACACCAAACGACAGAUCUACGACGAAUAUGGCUCCAUGGGCCUCUACGCCGCAGACCAGUUCGGAGAGGAGGGCGUUAAAUACUACUUCCUCAUGUCCAAAUGCUGGUUUAAGGCGCUCCUGGGAUUGGGAAUGAUCUUCACAUGUUGCUGCUGCUUGUGCUGCUGUUGUUGCUGUUGCGGUAAAUGUGGCGGUUCAGAGAACGAAGAUCAUUUUCACUAUGUGGAUCCAGAUGAGCUGGAGGCGGAGAUGUCAGAGGAGCAGAGCAGAGGCAAUGACACAGUAAUAACAGGACAGCCUAUUCCCAGUCCUGCAGCUGGAAAUUCAGGAAACACUGUGAUUGUAGGAAUGCCCAUUCCUGCUCACUCAGAUGGAGACACUUCUAUACUGAUUACUCCAGAUGCACAUGUGGCACAGGAGUAAAGCAAACAAUGGCCUCCAGACUUGUUAGGAAGACUGAAUCACAUCCUGUUUCUGGUUGUAGAAAUGAAGACACUGCUGUAGAAAUGUGUUUGAGCAACACUGGUUUGUAUUACACAGUGCCUGUGCAAUUUUGUGGCUUGUUUGAUCACACAUAACGCUAUUUCUGUUUACAUCAUUUUAUAAUUGCCUUUUGGUUGCUUGAAUGUCUUUUGAUAUUUUUUGCAGAAACACUUUAUUUUGUAAUGCUUCAUUUAAAGCAGCUGUAUGUAGUUUUCGUACCUGGAAUUUCGUACCCGCACAACAAACUUAAUAACAGAACAGACGUUUGGAAAGAAAUAGAAGCCAUUCGCCUUAUUAGAAGUUUUGAAACUGAUACUUCAAGGUAAAAACAUACAUAGAGUUGCUUUAAAUAACCUCUAGAGUACAAUCAAACAUAUAUUGCACGACAAAUUCAACCUGAAGUAAUACCACAAAAAUGUUCUGUUUAUAUAACAUUUUCUAUUUAUCAUCUUUAAUUCAUAUAUUGUGGAAAGGUUAAACCAUGCUUUUCCAGUGAAAUCUAAUAUAUGCACUUUGUGUGCUUUUCAUUACAGUAAUUCUUAAGAGCGUAACGUUUGUAUUAUUAAUGCUGUAUUUGUACAAUGUGGAGUCAUUAAGGCUCCAAUACAUGAUAAUGAAUAAAGCCAACCGUGUUUUCUUAUCUUUAUAUGCACAUAAACACUGAUAUUUUAUCUAACAGACAACUAUAUGUGGUUUAUUUUGCCACCGUUGCAAGCGAACCUUGAAAUAACCUAACUAUUUUAUGACACAUGAAAAUUUGGUAUGAUGCUGAAGAUUAGAAGAUUCAAAUGAAUGUACAGUAUAUGAUUAAUGAAGAUUAUGCAAUAUGAUCAUAAAGGACCACUGUAAUCGUGCCUCACUGGUGAUAAAGCUGCUAAUUUGCAGGUGAAUGUUUCGUUUAUUGUGGUAACAUUGCACGGCCUCAGGGAUGGUUUUGUCUGAGAUGAAAAUGUUUUGUUUAUAAUUGAAAUGAAAUGAUUUAUAUGUGAAAUUAUGAAAGAUUAAAAAAUGUAGUUGAUUACUGUA